AUGUCCUACAUUUACUCACACGAAGACAACGAAAUCGCAUCCUCCAUCGAGGAAAGGAUACAUGCUAUGCGUAGCUAUCAAGCUGCGCUGAGAAGUCGCCGUGCGUCUACCGGCACUCGAGACGCCGAGGAGAUCCACCACGAUGAACCACAAACUUUUGAGUCGCACGCGGUCGAUCAGCAGGCUAAAGAGCCGACACAAACAGUGGAAGGAUUCAAGGUCGUUCAUUUCGAUUCCCUGCCACCUGAGGCGAUCAGAAACACCACAGAAGAUUCGAAUGAAGUACAUCACCCGGAGGAGUGA